AUGACCAGCAUGCGCCCGCCCGCCCGCUUCCCCCGGGCUCCAGGCGGUGGGAUACGCGGCCCGGUCCAACGCCUCGCCAGUCUCCGCAACCCCAAUCCCAUCCCGAGUCCUCGCCCGCGCCUGCAACAAAAGCCCACCACCCAUCCCAAGACCUCAACCUGCCCAAACCCUGGCUGUCCGGCCCCGAAUAUCGUGGAGGAUGAUGGCAUGAAAGUGUGUUCGGGCUGCGGGACUGUCGUCAGCGAAGCGAACAUUGUCUCGGAAAUCACAUUUGGCGAAUCCGCGUCUGGUGCUGCCGUUGUGCAAGGCACCUUUGUCGGGGCGGGCCAGAGCUAUGGGCGCAGCUUCGGGCCUGGGUUCCAACGGGGUGGUGGCAUGGAGAGUAGGGAGAUUACGGAGCAAAAUGGAAACCGCUAUAUUGCCCAGUUAUCUCGAGCUUUGAACGUCCCAGAGAGCGCCACCAAGGCUGCUGGUCAAGUUUUCAAGCUUGCGGUGGGGUUAAAUUUUAUCCAAGGUCGCCGCACAAAAACCGUUGCGGCCGUGUGUCUGUAUAUUGCCUGUCGCCGCCAGGAUGGAAAUACAGUCAUGCUGAUUGACUUUGCCGAUGUGCUGAUGAUUAAUGUGUUCAAACUCGGUCGUGCGUACAAAGCAUUACUUGACGAGCUACGUCUGGGCGGAAACGUCUUUAUCAUGAACCCCAUUGACCCAGAAAGCUUAAUCUACCGGUUCGCGAAACAGCUUGAGUUCGGUUCCUCGAUGAUGCAGGUUGCAAGCGAGGCAGUACGCAUUGUGCAGCGAAUGAACCGCGACUGGAUGAUUACCGGUCGGCGCCCCGCAGGCAUUUGCGGAGCGGCCCUAAUCCUUGCAGCCCGCAUGAACAACUUCCGACGAACUAUCCGCGAGGUCGUGUACGUGGUUAAAGUAACGGAGCUCACGAUCCAUCAACGGUUGAAAGAAUUUAAAGCGACGGAAAGCGGAGACCUCACCGUCGACCAAUUCCGUUCCGUCCAGUUGGAGAACGCACACGACCCGCCUGCCUUCACGCAGGGAAAGAGAUUGAAACAGGCAAUGAAGCAGAAAAACGCAAGCACUGAAAUCGCAAACGGCGAUGAGGACGAAAAUGCCCGACAGCUAACAACAACAUCUUCCGCUCCGAGAACAAUGCGAGUAGACGCAGAUGGCUUCGCUAUCCCAGACGUCCCCAUCGAUCCCGCCUUGUUAGCCGACAAAGACGGGGUGGUCCCCCCAGGUCCCUCAACAACAAAAGCCAAACGCGGCCGACCAAAGGGCGCCAAAAACUUCCGCCCCCCACCCCCAACAGCAUCCGAACUAGCCUCUGAAUCCGCCCUCGAAUCCGAAAUGCAAGAACUCCUCACAACGGGCACGAACCUGCUCGCCUCCACAAAUUGCACAACCUCUCACACCGCGCCAACAGCACAGUGCACCGCCACCCCCCAGCCGCCGAAACCGAUCCCUUCAACCCCGGACAUCGACGCCAGCGAAUUCGACUCCGAUCCGGAAGUAAAAUACUGCCUCCUCUCCCCCGCCGAAGUCGAGAUCAAAGAGCGUAUCUGGGUCCACGAGAACAAGGACUAUCUGCGCAUGCAACAGGCUAAAGCGCUCAAGCGCGCGUUGGCGGCGGAGGAGGAUUUGAUGAACGGGCGGGUGCCUGGUAGUGGCAUGGGCCGUCGACCGCGGAAGAGAAGAAAGGGGCGGAUGGGCGAUGUAGGGUAUUUGGACGGGAAGGAGGGGGGAGGUGAGGAAAGUAUGGAUGGGGGGGGAGGGGCCAGGGGAACGAGAGCAUCGACGCCGGCGGAGGCGACGAGGAGGAUGCUUGAGCAGAGGGGUUUUAGCAAGAAGAUUAAUUAUCGGCUGCUGGAGGAGAUGUAUGAGGAUGGCGAUGAGAGGAAAGCGGUUGAGAGGAGGGGGAAUAGUGAGAGUGGGGAGGGAGAGGGUGGGAAUGGAGGGUGGAGGAGGAGCAGGCGGAGUGCGAGCGUAUCUAGCGUGCGGAGCUCUAUUGUGGUUUCGGACCGGAGUGCUGCUGCUGCUGCUGCUAGUGGUGCUGGUCUUGGAAUCCGGGGCCCGGUCAGAGAGAGGGUUGUCAAGGGAAGUAGGUCCGGGAGCUCUGUUCCUGCUUUUGUUUCUGCUGUUCCUACAAUCCCUUCCCCAGCGCCAGCUCCAGCGCCAACAUCCUCAUCUACACAACCCCAACCCACCGCCACCACCCUCGGAGAGGAGGCAGAAGCAGCCACGCCAACACCACCCUCGACAAACCCCCACGAGGAAAUCCUCGGCUACAUCCCCGGUCCCGAGCGGGGCGAAGAGGACGCGGACGUAGAUGGAGAAGAUACGGACGAUGAUGAGGAGGAUGUGGUGGAGGAUGACCAUGUCGACGAGGCCUUUGCGGGCAAUUAUUACGGAGGGGCCAGCGACGAUGACGAUGAUUAUUACUUUUAG